AUGUCUGAAUUCAACAUCAAGCAGUAUUAUGCCGAACAAGAUGAACACAUGAACCUCAAGGAAGAGACUCUAGAGGAAUAUUCAACACGAACGACUUCCUCGAGACGCAGGGCCGAGAGUGACAAGACAAACGCGAUUCUAGGCGCAGCUCCACCUGCAGCACCCCUUUUGCCAUCGCACGAUAUAGCAUCCGCCCCUGAACAUCGCAGAACCAGCGAAAAACGCAAGGCAUCCUUUCUAGAGCCUGUAGUACAGAAGGACAAAGUGAUCGAUUCAGAUAAAAUCAGGGCCAUCACCAGUGACACCACUGGCUUGAACAAGAUGCCGUUAGCACCCUCACAAACGAGCUUUGCUACACCGCAAAGGUCAGGCGACCCGAAAGCUCAGAAACCCAGUUCUCCAAGUUUAGAAGAUAUUGAUUCUUUUACGGUUGACUUCGGUAAUGAAAUAAUGUUCCUAUCUAGUGCAAAUGUUGAAAGACGGGACCUCAUUCCGAUAGAUGUCCCUCCCACAGUACAGAAAAAAAGACGUGUCGACGGUAUUCGCAGUCCGCAGAUACCUGAUACAUGCAGCCCCAUAUCCAGUUUCUCCGUUAGCGCAGUCCAUUCUCCUCAAAAGGUUAGAUCGGCUCCGAAGGAUGACAGUGGUCCUUCAGUUCUCCGUCAAGUGGUCCCGUUGCACUUGGUCUCCCAGGCGGUUGAAAUAGAAGCAAAGUCGAACAAAGUACCAUCGGACCCUCCAACUUCCCCAAUAGAGGACCCCAGCAUGGUCAUUGAAAUUUCAUCUUCUAACGAUCCCGUGGCAAUAAAACCUCUAAAAAAUGCUCCGAGUAAGAUGUUGCUCGAUAUUCAAGAACGAAUCGCCGCAAAGCAGGCUGGAAAGGGUCUCGAUAAAGUACUGAAAAUUUCCUCAAAUUCAGAAAUGGCAAAAGCGAAGAGCAGCAAGCCGAUUUCCUCUUAUACCGUUAAGGAGGCCCUUGAACAACCGAUCACAAAAACGGCAUCGUCGGAGCAGAAAGGAAAGCAGUCUCAUCUUUUCAACCCACUGAAGAAAAUAACACAGGCGAAAAAGCCAGCUACGGCAAAAAAGGUCAGGGAGCUAAUGUCCGGUGCCCAGUGUGCCGAAAAAGUACUGAGUGACCUCGCCUCAAACACGAUCAAACUCCGGAAAUUGCGUCCAUUAGAAGGAACAAAUAUUUUAUUCGUUGGCGCAGACGCACUCCAUGCUACCAGGGAUACUGAAGAGAAAAUGACACAGAUUGUCAGAUACGGUGGGAACCUUAUGCCAAACUAUAAUCCAGAUACAACCUCGCACAUCGUCUCGGCAGAGAACAACACCAGAAAUGUACUUAAGGCAACAGGCGCCCCAAACGUCAAGGCCAUUCCUGAGCGCAUACCUAUAGUUACUUGGAAAUGGGUGGAAGCGUUAAUGAAUUCAAGAUCUCCGGAUGAUAUAGCAGAAAAACUGCGAGAGACAUGGAAGUAUCAGUCAUUUCAAUCUCGAGUUGUCUUGACUCCGAUUACCUCGCUCAAAACAUACAAAGAGUUUAAGAGGAAACAGCAAUCAAAAGCUACGACAAUAGGAUACGGUGGCUCAGAUUGUGAAGUCGCUGUGCCCUCGACCAGCAGCAUUCCACCCGUCCCAAACGUUGGACAAGAUGUCCCUUCAGCCACUGCUUCAGUUAACGAUGAUCAACCCCAUGUAACUAACCGCCAAGUUGGCGCUCUUCUGUCACCGCCAAGCUCUCCUAGGAUUCACAACAUAGGAGUUUCAAAGGUACCAACGAGUUCCGCUGUUCUAUGUAGCGAUCCCAAUGACCCGUUGGCCGAGUUCUAUGGCCGCCCGCGAGAACAAAAAGAAAUUGAAGAAAAAUUGACUAGUGGUGAUGAUAUUAAUAUGAUAGAGCAACGGGGUGGAGAUGAGACCGAUGAAUCCGAGCCUGAAGACGGUAGGCCUUUGCCUCGAUCGAAACGAGGCUGGACUUGCGAUACCAUGAGGCCCAAAACGAGCUCUCAGUGUCCAAAUCAAGAUAUCAUUGAUAAGCUUGAAGAGCUGAUGAAAAUUCACGAUUCCAAAGUCGGAAGUGAUCAGGCUUGGCGUGUACGCGCGCUGAGUAAAGCAAUCGGUGCGUUGCGUAGUCACCCUCACCGCGUCAGGGGGUAUAGCGAUGCCAAACGCAUUCCGGGAAUUGGAGAAAAAUCUGCGAUGAAGAUAGACGAAAUUAUUAAGACAGGAGCUCUUCGACGCAUUGUAUAUGAGAAUUCCGAAGAUGUACAGGUCACUAGUCUUUUUACUGGUAUAUACGGCGUCGGGCAAACCAUUGCCCUCAGAUGGUACGCAGCUGGAUGCCGCACGUUGGAAGACUUGAAAGUCGGCAAAGGUGGAGUCAAGUUGUCUUCAAUUCAGAAAAUUGGGCUCCAAUUUUAUGAUGAUAUAAAUGAACGCAUGCCACGAACCGAAACGAAACAUAUCUACGAUCUUAUCAGACCUAUUGGUGACAUACAUAUCUAUGGGGAUGUCGUAAAACUACUAACCAAACCUGCAGCACUUUCUAUAGAUUCAAUUUUAUUUGUUGAAUUAAUGGGGAGUUAUAGAAGAGGAAAAACCACCUGUGGUGAUAUAGACAUCCUAAUCACCCGACCAACCGAUGACGGAUUGACACAUCGUGGUGUUCUCUCGCGCCUUAUUCAAGAACUUCACAAACACGGUAUUAUCACAGAGGACCUCGCUCUUCCAGACAACCCGUAUGAUCUCGAGGCAACAUACCGAGGACUCUGUCGGCUUCCUGGAUUAAAGGAUGCGAAGAGAAGGAGAAUUGAUAUAUUGACUGUUCCAUGGAAAUCAAGAGGGGCGGCCUUGUUGUACUAUACGUUUAACCGCGCCAUGCGCCUCAAGGCUAACCAUAUGGGCUAUUCAUUAAAUCAGAGGGGCUUGUUUGGCGGAGUAGUCCGCGACCCCUCUGAUCGUCGUAAAAAACUUGACGAUGGCAAGUUAUCAAAAAUUCUCUUGACUAUACGCUCUGAUUUCUAUAUCAGGACAAAUAGUUGCCUCAGAAACUGA